AUGCCUCCUAGACACCAAACCCUCCCUCCGGCGCAGACCACCUCUGCCAAAGAGGCCCAAAAGUCCUUCUACUGCAGCCUCUGCUCCAAGGGCUACUCCCGCAUGAACGACUAUGAGGCCCAUCUCAGCAGCUACGACCACAGCCACAAGCAGCGCCUCAAGGACAUGAAGGCCAUGGUGCGCGAUCCCAACGCCGGCGCCAAGGCGAGAAAGGCCGAGGCCAAGGCAGACGGCAUCGUCAGCAUCAAGCUCAGCGACCAGGAUGCGCUCUCUUCGAGCGCUGGUAAUGCCGGCGGUGGCAGCGGUGGCGGUUUCAAAAAGGGCGGCUUCAAGAAGACUGGCUUCAAGAGCGCAUUUGCUCCCGCAGAGCCAGCAGCUUCGGCCGAUGCGCAACAAACAGAUACAACCCAUACACUGGCAGACCAACGUUCUGGAGGGCUGAUGGAAACAGGGGAGACGGCUUCAACUCUGCCAUUGGCGUAUAAGAGCUCGCUGGUGGAGAGUGACACAGAAGACGAGGGAUACGAGCUGUACGACCCGAGAUUUCCCACUGAUUGACUCAGUGAGAAUCACUCUGGAUGCCGUUUUCUAUUAAUGGGUAUGAAAAUAACUACAAACCCGAUGGUGCCUGACAAUAUCGUCUCCUUCAAUCUCGCCCCAGUCCACAAGCCCUACAUCUCAUCAGGCUGCAUCCACCUAUGGGAGUCUAUCUGAGAGAGGUCCUCUUCCAAUAAGCCAAUCAUGUUACGACUGCCAAAGAACCAAUCUGCCAACUGCGAUACCUGCCCACUGCCUUGCGCCGGCACACCAGCAUCGUUGGUGCUGGCAUUGGCCAUGACCUGAUCCUCAUUAGGGAUGA